AUGUAUCGUUUGCCUACAUUAGUUCAACUCCAUGGAUGGCAGCGACAAUUGAGAUUCAUUGCCUCUCACGAGAUGGGGUCUCGCAUCCAGCAGGAAGUCCAACAGGCGAUUCAUCGUUUCCGUUCAAAAUCCAAUACUCCGUGGGUGGCGAUCUCUCGGGUAUCGUCGGUACUGCAGGAAGACACACGAGAGGCCCUUGCAGAAUUAGGUGGUCUCGCUGGUUUUUGUCGUCAAGCUCCACAAGAGUUUGGAAAUACUUCUUUUGUUGUAAAGAUGGUGGAUGGGGUGUUGUGUGUGAAAUUAAAAAACGAAGAAGUGAAAAAACCACAAAAAACUUACACGAAUAAAAUCCCUAGAGUGGAUACAAAAGAAAGAGAUUCAAAAUUUUUCCAAAUCUGUAGUAAACUUCCUGAAACUCCUGUCACUAUAGAAACAUGUCAGCGUGUUUGGGAACUUCCUACUGUAGAAAGUGCUGUAGAGCAACUUUAUCAUGUGAUGGAAGAAAUUGAGACUUUGUUAAAGAGUUUCUCAUUGGAAAUUCAAAUGAGUUUAUAUAUUCAAUUAGUUUACUUUGGAAAGCGAGUAGCUAUAGUUGUUCGAGGUCCUCGAACUAUGUUAACAUCUAAUCAUAAUACCACCUUAGAGAAUUCUGGACCACACUGGGAGUUGGAGGAUUUUGCCCCUCAUUAUGAUCUUUGGCGCCUUUCACGUUUCUUGCGAACGGAUGAUUUCAUCCCAUGUAGUGAGUUAAUACGGCAAACUACUGGUAUUCUUCAAACCUCAUUACUGCAAGUGGCAUUAACAUAUCCAGAACGAAUUUCCCUACAACUUGGACCAGCCAUUCAUCUUGAUAUGGCGGAAGAUAAUCGAUUCUAUUUAAAUGGUGCAUUACGCAAUGAAAUACAUGAAAUUAUUGGAAUGAAAUUUAUUUUAUCUGAAGAAGAAAUAAGUAAACAUUUAUCAAGAACGAGCAGUAAACUUUCAAAUCUUAGCGAUAAAGAGCUAUAUGAGGAGCGAAUGAAACUUAAAGAACUUAUGCCUAUGAGACGACAAAAAUUACGACGUUCUAUUGUUCGUGAGGAGUUUAAACGUAAAUUUCCAAAAGGAAAUCCUUUUCUAAACCCUGAUGUGGUAGCAUUCCAUUUGUAUGAUUCUUUAUCUCCGGGUGUGUGGAUGAAUAAUGCGAUGGUGCGUGAACUUUUACUACCAGCAGGAGGUAAAGACUCUAUGCAUGUUGGCGUAGACUUCUUUGAUCAGUAUCCACAUCUAUUUAUCACGCAAGGUAUUACAUCCACUUCUGUUAAUGUUAUGAGGCGAGAACAAGGAAUGGAAGAUGUUCAUAGUGAUGGUGAUUCCUGGAAGAAUGCCAUUUUCACAGAUGAAGAUAUCCUUUUGCUUCUUCUUCCUAGACUUACCAGUAAACGAGACGAUUGGGGUGAUGUUAAGGUGAUUGAGGUACUACUUGCGAUGUUACCACGUCAUGUAUUGAAAAAUAUGCAGCAACGUGGAUGUGCAAAGAAUAGACUAGUUACUAUACUACGUCAGUAUCCAGAGGCGUUUGAAGUGCAAACAACAGAAACCGAAAGUGAUGUGAAGGAAGAGAAGCAAUUGAAAGUACGAUUAAUUUCUGAGGGUAUUGUGAAACUAGGUGUGCAACUGGUAAAUAAAAUGCAAGUACCAGGGGAUCACAAAAUAAUAUCAGGAGAGAAUCAAAAACAAGGUGAUGGUGAUCAUGAUGGAGAUGAUGUUGGCAAUAAUAAUGAUGAUGAUCAUCAUGAUGGUGCUAAUAACUCUGGGGCUGCCAAGGAAUGA